UUGUUGCUGUAUCAUCAUAGAGAACUGUCUCGUGGCGGUUUCACAUUGCUUUAUUCUCGUCCACAUUUCAUAGAGAGUUGCAAGAUAGACUACUAACGUAUAAAACCACAGUUUAACUUGUUUUGUCCAGUGUUGGGCCAUUAGCCAAGCGGUCUAUUUCUAACUGGCAUGGGAGACAUAUGGGAGGUAGGAUCCAGACGCAAGACUUAUUACUUCCUGAUCAUCAACUCGUUUCACUUUUUGUUUUGGUUGUUCGUGCACCAUAACCCGUGAAUGACGAGGAGGAAUUGCAAUGUACUCGGAAUUGCGUGUUUUGAUCGAUAUGUGAACGAUUUUAUUGUUGAGGAGAAGCUGAACCUUUCCAGCUAACUUCGCAGAGGGGUUUGGGUUUGGGACAGUUUACGCGAGUGACAGUCAGAGACAGUCGGUUGUGUUCUGUUGUAUAGUGUAGAGUCAACUUGGACCUUUGCGCCAUUGACGAUUAGCAGCCAUAAAUCUAGACGUGUUUUCGAGAUUGUUUUUUUCUCCUCAUUCAACUCAACUUGAUCACAGGGCUGACUUCAAUGGCGACGUCUGAAGUUUCAGAUGAUUUACAUGAAGGUAAGACAACAAAAGCGGAAAACCUUGCUGCACAGUUGAGUGAAGCAAUAAGUAGUGGCGACAAAGACGAAGCUAAGCGAUGCGCCGAGAAACUUGCUGCUCUGUCUCUGCCAGUAUCCAUCAAUGUGGACAAGAAGGCCUACCCCCAGGAACAGAUCAGAUUGAAAGUAGGCGUGGAGGAUGGAGAGCUUGAAUCGUACAUUCCCAUCACAAUGCUGGUAACAGUGGACAUGACGAUAUCGGCUCUGAAAAUAAGGGUGAAAAAUGACUUUGGUUUCCACCCUUCCCUUCAAAUCUGGGUGAUUGGCAAGCGGCUGGCCAAGGACACGGACACUCUGUCGGGUCACGGGGUGAGCAGGGACGGGGACCAGGCCUUCCUCUUCAUCAAGUCCGCCAUGGCAGCCAACCUCAGCAGAGAGCAGCAGAUACAGGAGGAGAGGCAGGAGAGAAUAGACGACAUCUUGGUAACCAUGGAGAGAAUUUCUCUGGAACCCAGAGGAACAAGUCCACCAGCUGUAGCCGCCACCACAGCUAAGCCCCGCCCUCCUCCUCCACCGCCCAAACCGCAGGUUGGUUGGACGUGUCCGCAGUGCACCUACCUGAAUAAGCCCACGCGUCCCGGCUGUGAGAUGUGCAGCGGCGACCGGCCCGCGGGCUACAAAGUGCCUGCCACUUACCAGCCCGACCAGGAGGAGGCGCUCAGGAUGCAGUUUGAGCAGGAGGCCAGUCUGGAGUACAGCAGGGUAAUGAGGGAGGAGCGAGACAGAAAUUACCUGACUUACCUGGAAACAGACGCUAAUAACCUAAUAAACAACAUGGACGAGCUGGAGUGUCCAAUCUGUUUUUGCACCAUUGAGCCAGGAGAGGGCGCCAUGUUGCGAGAGUGCCUUCAUGGCUUCUGCAGAGACUGUCUGAAAGGAACUAUCGUCAACAAUAUGGACGCUGAGGUGAAGUGUCCGUACAUGAAUGACGACUACUCCUGUGACUACAAGCUUCAAGACAGAGAAAUAGUCUCAUUGCUCUCUGAGGAUGAGUACCAGAAGUUCCUGGAGCUGAGGCUGAGUAUAGCCGAGUCGCGUAGUGAGAACAGCUACCACUGCAAGACCCCCGACUGCCCCGGCUGGUGCAUCUACGAGGACGACGUCAACGAGUUCGACUGUCAGCUGUGCAACCAGACCAACUGCCUCCUCUGCAAGGCCAUUCACAAAGACAUGAACUGCAAGCAGUAUCAGGACGACCUGCGCAUUCGAGCUGCCAAUGACGUUGCUGCAAAGCAGACAGCCGAUACACUCCAGGCCCUGCUGGAUAGUGGCGAGGCCAUGCACUGCCCCAAGUGCCAGGUGGUGGUGCAGAAGAAGGACGGCUGUGACUGGAUCUGCUGCCUCAUGUGCAAGACCGAGAUCUGCUGGGUCACACGCCAGGCACGCUGGGGACCUGCGGGUUCUGGAGACACCUCGGGGGGCUGCCGGUGUCGAGUGAAUAACCAGCUGUGCCACCCCAACUGCCAGAACUGCCACUGACCACCUUGCCCAUGCCCACACAUGUACAGUGUACCACGCUAUACUGUAUGGGCAGGGCCGCUGACAACUUUGGCUAGGCCCAGGACAAAGUCGUCUGAAAGGGCCCCCCAACCCAUUGCAUAUAAUGUAAUGAGGAAUCAAUUAUGGGCCCACUCUCUCCCUAGGCCCGGGACAACUGCCCCCUUUGUCCCCCUCGUGCACCUUACCCCCACCCCUUCAUCUGCACAAGAUCCUCAAAGACUUGAUUUUUUUUCUUCUUCUUUUAAUUACUUUUGAGUCUUUUUUAAAAAGGUUUUUUGGACCUUUUUGUAAGAAAUUGAAGAGGAGAUAGGGAAUAAUUAAGGGGAGAAAGAGGGGUGGGUUUGGGAAAUGGCCCAGGCUGGAAUCGAGCCUGGGUCCCCAAGGGUAUAUGUAAUGUAUGUAGCCCGUAUAUGCUGCGCCUAUACUGCACCUCCCAAAGACUUGACUGCCUGUAAUCAUGGGAGACCGGGACUUUGAGCUUCCAUUAUCCACAUCCUCACCCCCCACCCCUCACUCUGACUGACUCAUCGGGGGACAUGAAGUGAUUGGUGUGAUCAUUGACCUACUUUUGAAGGCUUCGUGUACACCUGCCUUGGGGUGCAUUGGAUAUCCAUACGGGUCAAUCUUACAGAGGAAUCAUUGACCUUUUUCAGAUGACCCACCUGAGAGUUGAAUCACCAAAUGUGUGUGGACUGAAGUCUAGACCAGGGCCAUGAGAGGCCAUGGAUUUUAAGGAGCUUUUUCCAUGUAGCAGGAUAUUUUUAAAUCUGUAUAUUUUUUUCUCCUAGUUACAUUGGUUUUGGCCUUCAGUUUCCUCGGAGCAGAUUUUUAAAAUUUGUUACAAUGGAGUAUUUUAUUUGUAUCCCCAUGUUGCGUUUCCACCUAACCAGGAGAAAAAAAUACCCACAUAUAAAAAAUAUCCUGCUACGUGGAAACAGCACCUAAAGCACCUUAACAGGCUCAGCUCUGCAGUAACACGGAAGGGGAACAGUGAAGGCCCAUUACUCUCUUGCAGCAUUGCCUGUUAUGCUAUAUUGAAAGCUGAAAUGCUAGACUGCCCCAACACUGACAGUAGGAGCCAUUGAUUUUUGCACCACGUUUCCUUGACUGCACCAGAGCGCUGUAACGAUACACUCAACUCACAAUUCUUUUCAUGUCACAAUUUUUUACCUACGGGUCGAUGCACCCUACGAAUUUUUUUUUAAUGGAUCUUUUUUUUUUAAUGAAUUGAUUUUUUCACAUUUGUCAUCAUUAUAAAAGAAAGUGUGUAAAUGAAAAAGAUGACAAUUUAUAGUUAGGUAGAAUAGGUUACAAGAGGCUAAUAAUCAUUUUAGGGGAAAAAAAAUAGAAAUGAUUAUAAUGAUGAUUUCAAGCUUGGAAGCACUAUCACAUCAUCUUUGAAAGGGCGUAUCAUGAUACUGCACUGACUGAUACUGCCCUUCUUGCACCACGAUACAGUAUUGUGACUCUACAUUGAGAUUUGCUGAUUUCUCGGUUUGACACAGUAUUGUUACAGCCCUACCGCAACAUGAUUGCUUUGCAAGGUCCAGCUAGAAACGCCUUAAAGGUCUGAUGGAAGUUGCAUGGUAUGCGCAUGGAAGGGUAAAAAAAAGCAGUGGCUCCUGCUGUACUACUUCACUACAAAAUGGGGAGGACUGUCUGGUGGACAUGGGCUGUUGUGUACCUAGAGCAGGGGUGGGCAACUGGAGGCCCGGGGGCCACAUGCAGCCUGCCUCCGCACUCUGUGCGGCUCGAUAAAACAUAGAUAAAACAUAAAUAAAUAAAAAAUAAUAAUAACCUGAUUUUUUUUAAACACUGAAUCAAUCCACUGUACCUGUAUCAAUCCAUUUUAGUGUAGGUCUAUCGAGAACACUCCUAUUCCUUCCAAACAAUAUCAGCAGUCAGUGAGCAACCAAUUGCACCUAAAACUUUCCGAGGUGCAGUCAGAUCCAUGGUCUUAUGGCCCGCUUGAUGGUGGCGAUGAAAAUAUGUGGCCCUCCUUAUCAUCAAAGUUGCCCAUGCCUGAUCUAGAGGGACUUGAACACCGGCGGUGUUGGUGCGUGUGAGUACCGGUGUAAAACGCUAUCUGGGUCCGUACCAACUGGCGACUGCAGAUGAUAGAAGCAAUGGUGAUUGGUCGUAAGUAAUGUCACUCUUAAUUUAGACUACUAGCAUUUAGUUUUGACCAAUCGCUGUGUUUCUAUCAUCUGAAGUCGCCACUUGGUACAGGUACCCAGAUAGUCUUUCGCACCAUUAGUUACUGGCAAACGGCACAAACACUCACUUUCCCUCUCUUAUUAACGCCCUGCCUAGGAGGUCGGGUUUCAUUUGAACUCUACUGGCAAAGCCAUCUUAGCAUUAAUGAAGGGAUUUUGUCAAUAUGUUUUGUUUUGUUUUGUAGCAUGUUUUUGAACUACCUGCAUAGUAGGUCGCUGUACUGUAAUCGUUGGAUGUUGGUGAACAAAAUUACACCCAACUGCUAUUGUGUUACUGCCUUAACUCAAAGUAACACACCUAGGAGCAAGACAUCCCAAAGUAAUAAGAGAAGACAUUGUUUAAGACCUUUUAAGUUAACUGUGGAAAUUGCCAGGCUCAGAAUAAUUCAAGUUAUGAUUACUAACUAGUAAUAACUAGUUGGCUCAUAAAAGGGAAAAAGGAAACGAUAGUAAGAUACCAAAGUGUAUGGCAAUAAUGCAUAGCAUAUGAAAGUAAUGGAAAGAAAAUAAAGAUGGUACAUGUGGAUUUUAAUGUCUUACAAAUUACAGAUCAAAAACACACACCCAAUCAAGUUGACAAGUCUCCUAUGCACUGCAUUUUACUCAUUUCCGAAGUUUAUUCCAAGCUUCCUAUUGUUUUCCAAAUGCAUUAUUUUCCUAUUUUGAAAUGAGAGUUCUGUGGAUGCUUUUGAUACAUAAUGGAAAGAUAUCUUUGAGUUUAUUUUCAUACAUAACCUCAAAAUGGCAGUUUUGUUGGCUUCACAUCAACAUUCCUACUUUUCUUUUGAAAGCAAAUAUCAUGUAUUUCAUGCAACAAAUAGAGCCAGCCAAAGCUUCAUUAUGAUAUUGAUGAUCUUUCCACAAGGGAUGGUUGUACUGGAGACUGUUUUGAACUCGUGUUUUUGAAUAUUUUUCAAUUAAGCUGCUAACAUCAUUUGUGGUGAAAUGUCUUUCCAAGUUGAUUUGCAUCAUAAAAGUUCCACAGGAAAU